AUGAACAUAGAUGAUGCAUAUGGGCUUGCACUACUCCAGGAGAACGAGCAGUUGAAGGCACUCAUCGAAGAGCUUCAGAUGAAGCAAUCGGAAAAGUACCAACAGACGGAAAACGGGGUGGCCGCCGCCUACCAGUUGGAGAGACAAAUCAAGGACUACGAAUCCAAACACGCAAAUACGACAGCUCUACUCAAAGUUCGCACUGCAGAGCUCAAGGGCGCCCAAACGUUCCUCACGAAAGCCCACCUGUUCUCCGGCGCCGACAUCACUGUACCUAUGGUCGAAAGCUUGAACUCGGAUAUCUUCCAGUGCUGCGCCCAGAUUUCGGAGAUGGUCUUUUCGGAGGAGAAUAUCCCGAGAGAAGAACAACAGGUCCUGGCAGAAUCGCGGACCCGCAUCACGAAACUGGUUGGCGAACCCGUCGGAGUCCUCGAGAAGAACCUCCGCGCGGGUCGGGAUCCGCUUCCCCUGCAGACAACCCUUCAAAUCAUCCUGAACCUACGAUGCAAAUCCUUUGUCAACUCUUACGAUUGGACCAACCCUGAUAUGAACCAAAGGCUUGCGGAAAUGUAUAGGAGCAUAUGUCAGAAAGGCGAUCUACUAUGCGUCCACAUGCCGAGCACUAGAGCGAUGCAUCUAGAGGAGCAAGCCGUCGCUGGUCGCUAG